GCGCCCCGGACGCCGGCGGGGCUGCCGAGGCUUCUGUGAGAAGGCGCUCGAGGCUGCUGAGGAGCGAACCCGCAGAGGAGGCGGGGAGGCGGUGGCCGCGCUCGUUCGCUUCCCGGCGCCGCCAAGGGUCCGCCGCCGCGCCUCCAGCCCGCGUGCCGCUGGGUGGCUCCUCGCAGGAGCACCCGCCGCCCGGCUGAGUCCCGGCUGCCGUCUCUAGAGUCUCCCGCUCCCUCUGGCCCCGCGCGCGGGGCCAGCCGGCGCCACACCUGUGGAACGGCCGUCGUCGCGGGUGUCCGCCGAGCAGCGCGCGGGGCGCGUCCCCUCGGCUCGGCUGCACGGGCAGAAAUGGGGCUCCCGGCGCUCGAGUUCAGCGACUGCUGCCUCGACAGCCCGCACUUCCGAGAGACGCUCAAGUCGCACGAAGCGGAGCUGGACAAGACCAACAAAUUCAUCAAGGAGCUCAUCAAGGACGGGAAGUCGCUCAUUAGCGCGCUCAAGAAUUUGUCUUCAGCAAAGCGGAAGUUUGCAGAUUCCUUAAAUGAAUUUAAAUUUCAGUGUAUAGGAGAUGCAGAAACAGAUGAUGAGAUGUGUAUAGCGAGAUCUUUGCAAGAAUUUGCCACUGUCCUCAGGAAUCUUGAAGAUGAGCGGAGUCGCAUGAUUGAGAAUGCCAGUGAGGUGCUCAUCACACCCCUGGAGAAGUUUCGAAAGGAGCAGAUCGGGGCUGCCAGGGAAGCCAAAAAGAAGUAUGACAAAGAGACAGAGAAGUAUUGUGGCAUCUUAGAAAAGCAUUUGAAUCUGUCUUCUAAAAAGAAGGAGUCUCAGCUGCAGGAGGCAGACAGCCAAGUGGACCUGGUCCGGCAGCAUUUCUAUGAAGUGUCCCUGGAGUAUGUCUUUAAGGUGCAGGAAGUCCAAGAGAGGAAGAUGUUUGAGUUUGUGGAGCCUCUACUGGCCUUCCUACAAGGACUCUUCACUUUCUAUCACCAUGGUUAUGAGUUGGCCAAGGAUUUUGGUGACUUUAAGACACAGUUGACCAUCAGCAUACAAAAUACAAGAAACCGCUUUGAAGGAACCAGGUCUGAAGUGGAAUCGCUGAUGAAGAAGAUGAAGGAAAAUCCCCUCGAGCACAAGACCAUCAGCCCCUACACCAUGGAAGGGUACCUCUAUGUGCAGGAGAAACGUCACUUUGGAACUUCUUGGGUGAAGCACUACUGUACAUACCAACGGGAUUCCAAACAAAUCACCAUGGUUCCAUUUGACCAAAAGUCAGGAGGAAAGGGGGGAGAAGAUGAGUCCAUCACCCUCAAAUCCUGCACGAGGCGGAAGACAGACUCCAUCGAGAAGAGAUUCUGCUUUGACGUGGAAGCAGUAGACAGGCCAGGGGUUAUCACCAUGCAGGCGUUGUCGGAAGAGGACCGUAGGCUCUGGAUGGAAGCCAUGGAUGGCCGGGAACCUGUCUACAACUCAAACAAAGACAGCCAGAAUGAAGGGACCGCACAGUUGGACAGCAUCGGCUUCAGCAUAAUAAGGAAGUGCAUCCAUGCGGUGGAAACCAGAGGGAUCAAUGAGCAAGGACUCUACAGAAUCGUGGGGGUUAACUCCAGGGUGCAGAAGCUGCUGAGUGUCCUGAUGGAUAACCCGUACUGCAGUGCUGGCUGCCCGGGUGUGGGUACCUGGUGCAAGAGCUCAGGUAGGGAGCCCAACUCUACUCGAGAAGGCAAGAAUGUUGCCAACAACCACAAGCAGAACCUGAUGACUGUGGCAAACCUUGGCGUGGUGUUUGGGCCCACCUUGCUGCGGCCUCAGGAAGAAACAGUGGCAGCCAUCAUGGACAUCAAGUUUCAGAACAUUGUCAUUGAGAUCUUAAUAGAGAACCAUGAAAAGAUAUUCAACACCGUGCCUGAUGUGCCCCUCACCAAUGCCCAGCUACACCUGUCCCGGAAGAAAAGCAGUGACUCCAAACCCCCAUCCUGCAGCGAGAGGCCCCUGACGCUCUUCCAUGCUAUGCCAUCCACAGAAAAACAGGAGCAAAGGAACAGCAUCAUCAACUCCAGUUUGGAAUCGGUAUCCUCCAGUGCAAACAGCAUCCUUAAUUCUAGCAGCAGCCUGCAGCCCAAUAUGAAUUCCAGUGACCCAAACCUGGAUGUGGUCAAACCUACUCGGCCCAAUUCACUCCCCCCGAAUCCAAGCCCAACUUCACCCCUCUCGCCAUCAUGGCCCAUGUUCUCGGCGCCAUCCAGCCCUAUGCCCACCUCAUCCACGUCCAGCGACUCAUCCCCCAUCAGGCCAGAAGAAGCAGUUCGUGAAGACUCCAGCACACCGUUCCGGAAGGCAAAGGCCUUGUAUGCCUGCAAAGCCGAACACGACUCUGAGCUUUCGUUCACAGCAGGCACCAUCUUCGAUAACGUUCAUCCAUCUCAGGAGCCUGGCUGGUUGGAGGGGACUCUGAAUGGAAAGACUGGCCUCAUCCCAGAGAACUACGUGGAGUUCCUCUAACCUGGAGCCCCCAGCAGAGCUGCUGAGCUUUACGUGGUCUCCAUGACAACUGCUGAUUCUGGGGUUGUGGGCCACUUUUCAUUGCCACUGAGAAAGCCGGGAGCCUGACUGUUGCUUCCUGCCAACAUGAAUGCAUCUGGGAACUUGUGUCACAUCUCUCCACGAUCAUCUCAGCUGACGACACCACAGUGAUGCUGCAAGAAUUGAAAGCCAAUGAGCAGAGGAGGCCAUUUGAUUUUGAUAACCUAGAGGAGGGCUUGCAAAGCUGUUUUCUCAUGAGUACCCUAAAGAGCAAGCCCUGAUUUCCUUUCAACAGUCAUCCAAACCUCCAGCCUUCUGGAAAGAGGAAACAGGAUGAGAAUAGUCAUACAGAAAUUGCAGCAGUGCUAAGCUGGACAAGGCAGGGCAAAGAAACUGGCACCAAGAUGCAGGCUGCCUAGACUGCUGUUUACAGCAGACACCCUUUCUCUCUCCUUCCUUCUCCCAGAGACACAGUGCUGCAGGCAGCUGGGCCUGUCGGCAAGCACACAGGAUGAAGGGGUUGCCGCACUGUUUAUGGAAGGUCCAAUCUCUCACCAUCUCUUGAGCAGCUGUUGGCCUACAGUCAGCAGAUUUCAGUCCAGUCCUCUCAUGCAGAGAAGCACAUGCCCCUCACGUUCUCUGCCACUGAAGGCUUCCAUCACUGCCAUCACCUAGUAACUAUAGCAACCCAACCUACUUUAAAACUAAGCCAAAAAUAAUACUCCUCUUUGUAUGACAACCCCCUCUACCAGCUCUGGUAGGUUUUUUUUUUUUUUUUAUUUUUUUUUUUUUUUUUUAUGAUCUUCUAACAAUCUGAAGCAGAGGAUUAGAGCAUUAGGGUGGUCUCUCUGGGGCAGACAGGAUAGCAACUGAGGACUGUUCCUUUUCUGGUAAUGUCAACAUCAUCAGGAUAGGUUUGGAGCAAACUCUAAGAACCUCUUGAGUUUAAAUCUUAUAAUCAAUACUUCUGUUCUUCAUGCAAUGAGUUCUUGCUUCAGAGGGCAAGAUGCUGCCUCCCUCUAGGCAAGCGUCUAACAGGUCCCAUCCAGCCCCCACCCCACCCCACCCCUCUGCUGCCUGCCUUUGCCUUUGCCAAUAACCCCCAAACAGUUCCCUAGAAUGCUUUUGCUACUGAGGUCCUGUGGAGUUUAGAGAUGACUCUUGGGCCAAACCUAUAGCCUGAAUUUUAAAAGGACAUUUGUAUUCACUGCCACCCGGAAAAGAGGGAAUCAUUAACUAGGUUGUCCAGGCAUGAGACUAAUAUAGACCAUUAAGGAUCUGGAAGACACCAGAUAUUGAGGCCUGGGGGCUAGGUUGGGUGUCUUCUAGGACAGGGAAUUCUCAAAAGGCCCUGGGUUUUAACUGUUGUGCAUGGGAGACCACAUGGACAUUUCAACAUCACAUGACCUCCAAAGAACAUAAUCAUGGUAUCUUCAUAGAUGAAUGCCCUUAUUAGGGGGACUCUGGACAGACAAACGGUCCCUCUCUCCAGGAGCCCCUUGGGUGGCCGUGUUGCUCCAGAGUGUCUUUGGCUCUGGGACUCUGGGACUCCCUUAGUGUUCUAUAAGGAAAAAAAGAAAAACUUGAAUUGUGUUGAAUUACUGUAUCUUUUGCUUUUUUUUUUUUUUAAGAUAAACUUGUAAAUAGAAUGAUUUGAAAUAUUAUAUGGUAAAGUUUUAUAUUUGAUAUUCUUUAAGCUAGUCGCUCCCUACAUUUAGUAUUUUGAUUGCUGAACAAGUGUAUUUAAAGGGGUGCGAGAGAGGCUGGGUUGAUGAGUCACGGUCAUGUCCCCUCUCUGGCCCAGUGAAAGAAUGUUUCCCUAUGAUUUCCUGUCAGGAAGCCUGAAAAGUUAAUUGUACUCAGUCUUCUUUAUCUAUGUGUGAUUUCAGGCUUCAGAGUUCAGAGAGUGUUUUCAGGUAAUGAAUUUUCAAAGAACUCCCCUCUAAUAGUAAAGUGACACUCAGGACCUAAGGUGGGGCAAGGGGUGACGUGUUUGUUCGUUUUUGUUUGUUCUUCUCAGGUGUAUUUCUUGGUACCCCAGGAUGUCCAGACAAAAGGAGAUGAGACAAUUACUCCUUUUCUUCCACCUGCCCUAAGGUUUUCAUAACUAUAGCCUAGCUAGUAUGGAAACGUGUCUCUGCUAAGAACAAAACAAGAAAGCCAGCAGCGCUGUGCUUCUUAGUUGUGGGUGUGCUUUUACUCCUCCUGUGGCUGUGUCUGCACUUCCCUCUCACCUCCAAAUUCCCUGCAGCUGCAGAGGGAAAACGAGACUGCACCAUCACAGUUUUUAGAGUGCCUGCAAUGUUAACAGGAGUUGACUGUUGUGACUCUAUAUUGACUUUACCAGCUACAGGAUUGUACUGUUGUCUCCCAGGAACUCAGCCAGGAGGAAGGGCGACUCUGCCCUGCAGUUGGGGAAGCAGAGCAAGGCAAACAGAGGACUCAGAACUGCCAUGGAUGCUGGGUGCCAUGGCUCAUGCCUUGUAGUCUUAGCACUUGCAAGGCAGAGGCAAGGGGAGUACUGAAGUCCUAAGCCAGCCGUGUUUGGGGGCGGGAAGAGGGAUUGAAAACAGGAAGAAAAGAAAUAGAGGAUGCAGGGUUCCAAACCUAUUCCCUGGAAGCUUGAGAACAAGGUUGGAAAUAGGGCCUGAAGGGCAUGCACACUCAAGUAGCAUUGAAAGAGCCCAGCAUGAUACUUUUAAUAUGUCUGAUGAUUUAAAUUGUCACCUGCCCCAUCGUAAGUGAGGUGUUCUUGUAGUCAGGGCCCAGCAUGACUGCUUGGGUACAUAUCCCUCUCUCCUGAGCUGGCCUUGGUUUGAAGCUGCUCUCUGAGGCUGACCUCCUUCCAGUUUCCCUGAGGCCAUGUGUGGCUUAUGACAGAUGGUCACUCUGGUUCCCUCUGUCCAGCCAGGCCUCCCUCCUCCUCCUCAGCUAAAGAACUGGGGAGAUGAAUAUGAGCCAAGUGAACUGGGAGAUUAGAAGUGAAAUGUACCCUUUCUGCUCUUUGAACAGCCCCUCAGCUCCCAUGAAUAAGGAAAACUGGGGUAGAAUGUGGGGAGUGAGUUAUCAGAAUGGAAGUUCAUUGACUGGACACCUAAAGGUUUCCCUGGAGCAUUGAGCUCCUCUUGUAAGGCCCUGGGAUCAGGUGGUUGGGACCUGAAUUUGGGGACAUUAUGAUUGGCUUCACUCCUCCUCAAGAUACACAGUUCUCUAACUGAACAGUGCCAUGCUGAUUUCAAAUCCCUGUCCCCAAGCAAGGAAAAUCAGGACUUGCCCAAAUGGAUGAAAUUCUCUCCCAGUGUAUAAGAAUAAACUCCAUUUAGUGGACCCUUCAGUAAUCUAUAAGUCUUGGAGCCAGUUUUUAGUAUUUCUAAAGCCUGUAUGUGAAGGCUUGUGGGUGCUUUUUUACAGUGAAGCAAAGACAAACUUAGCCUAAGUCCUUGCAGACUGGCACUGGCUGGUAGGACUGAACCAUGCUGGUUCCUUGGGAAUUGCAGGCACUUGCCCACAACUCCAGACGUGAGUGUGCCAUACCUGGAUCUCAGAGAGAAAUCCUUGUCAGCUGCAUUUUCUUCCUGAAAAUGGUGGUACCAAUUCUACCAAAAGCUGCUGCUCAGCCUUAGAGGCUCUGGAAGCAUCCAUUAUUAAGGCAUGGGGAAAAGGAGUAAGAUGGUGAGAUCAUCUGUUCACGGCUGGCUGUGGACACCUUUCAUCCUCUGCCAUCUGCUUCCAGAGACAAGGCUGCUCUCCUAGCUUCAUAGCCAUGGAGCUCCCGGGUGCACCAGAGACUACCCUGACACCCCACAUUUGCUCUAUCACUCACCAUCCCUAGUAGAUGAGGGAACCACACAUCUGCUUAGAUACCUGACUCUCAAAGGCAUCUCCCCAGUGUCUGUGAAGGGAGUUAUCUGCCACUUCUGGCAAACUUGACACUUAUGUUGACAGCCCUGCCCCAUAGCCCUUUAAUCAGCCAGGUGCCCCUCACACCCCACAGUGGUGUUUGAAAAAUGUCUUUUGUACUCAAAUAUUUCUGCAGCCAUGCCGAUCUAGUGGUUGUCUGUGAGCAUAGCAUCAAAAUGCCAAGAAGAGAGCAAUGAGCCUUGCACAUUCCUCCAACAUACCCGAGACGAGACUCCACCAAGUAAUAAUUAGCUCUCUUCCUUUUGACGCCCACGGUACUUGUCUAACUUAAAGAGUUUCCCAAAGCAGACAGAGAUUCCAGGUGUCACUCAGAGGCAGCCCUGUGUUCAUGGGAAGAAAAGCAUAGAUACAAAAGCUCCAGGAUUGGAAAGGGAAAAGUGAACCACAUUGAGGAGCCCCAGGUCUUUAAAGAGUGCUAAGAUACUGCUCUUAUGAGUGAGCAGUAUAUCUUAUGAAGGGGUGAGGGGUGGAAAGGGACUACCACAGGAAAAAUUUCACAACUAAUAAUUUUUCACAAGUCUGUAGGACACUGCAAAAUGAAAAUACCCUUCAUGGUGGAAUGUUUUAGAGAGCAACAACUGAGCAUCGUCCUAAACUAUGGAAGAUGAGUCAAGAACUAGUGUGUCAAAAUUAGUGUAGUUGGUGGGGACCAGAGUAUGGCUAAUUCAAUGUCUGAGUAACCUGGAGUAGCUUCAGCCAGGCUGGGACAUUCUGUGCCAUCCCACAACCACAGUUCCCAUAGGCUUAACUCCGACAAGACAGUGUUCCUGGGGGUCAAGAUGCCAGGGCCAGCGUUGUGGCUGUGAAAACAUACAUCUAGUGAUUCUAAAAGUUGUGUGUGCAUGUGUUCGUGUGUAUGUGUUGUGUGUAGCACAUAACUACAUGUGUAAACAUACAGCCUCAUGUGUAGACAUUCAUGAGCUGGCACUUCCAAAGCUUUUACAGCCUUGGAGAUUUGGAAGGAGGGUCUCAGAGGAAUGAGAGGCUGAUGAUUUCCAUGCAAAAGAUCAAAGAUAUAAAUGAAGUGCCAUCUAAAACCCAUGUUCAUAUUUAUCACGUAGUUAUCUGCAGCUGUGUUCCUUUGUGACUUAUUAAAAGUCAUGUUAAAAACUCAAACCCAUAAAUUCCCAAUAGCUAAUGCUAAGCUAGUGUUCAAAAGCACUCUAAAAGACAUUUAGUCCAUAUUUUGGGAAAUAAACUAUUUGCAUGUUUAAUUAAUCUUUUAAGCUACCUUUGAGUAUACUGUACAGUGCUGUGUGAUAUAAUAUCAAUAAAGUACUUAUAAAUGGCACUUUAAUAUUUUGAAAAAUCAUAAGUAACACACUGUUGUAAAUUUCAGUAUUGAAUAUUGACUGGUGCAUAGACUCAAAUUCUGUAAUUAAAAAGUAACCUGCAGCUAGGAUAGAACAUUUUCCUUUUGUUAAAAAGCAACAACAUUUUGCCAUGUUCAGGCUUUAAAAAAAAAAAUGUGUUUCUGUGCCACUGUGCGUAUCUAUAAAGAAAAUACAAUUCCUGUUAAGCACCUCUGAAACUUGGCUUUUUUAUGUUUGGUUUGUGUCUGUGGCAAUCUCUAUAAAGUGAGUGGAAGUAUGACUCUUGAAUUAAAUGAUUUUUCCAUUUGA